ACAUGUACACUCUGACCGAGAGCCUGCUCUACGAGGCGACGCAGUUGUACGACCGCAGCCCCAAGGAGCCCCCGCACCGCGAGGCCGUGCUGCCCGAGUACGACGUGGUGGUGGUGGGCGCGGGCACGGCCGGCUGCACGCUCGCGGCCCGCCUCAGCGAGGUGCCCGGCUGGCGAGUGCUGCUGCUGGAGGCCGGCGGCGCCGAGAACAUCGCCAUGGACAUACCGCUGGCGGCGAACUUGCUCCAGUUCAGCACCGCCAACUGGAAGUAUCGCACGGAGCCGUCGGACGGCUCAUGCCUCGGCAUGGUGGACAAGCGCUGCAACUUCCCCAGAGGAAAGGUGAUGGGCGGGUCCAGCGUGCUCAACUACAUGAUCCACACGCGCGGCCACCCCGAGGACUACGACCAGUGGGCACGCCUGGGCAACACCGGCUGGGACUGGGCCUCGGUGCGGCCCUACUUCCUCCGCAUGGAGGACAUGACCAUCCCCGAGCUGGCCGCCGACACGGUGCACCACCACGUGGGCGGGCCCGUCACCAUCUCGCACGCGCCCUUCAGGUCGGCGCCGGCCCGGGCCUUCGUGCGCGCCGGCCGCGAGAUGGGCUUCCCCGAGCGCGACUACAACGGCGCCAGCAUGAUCGGCUUCUCCUUCCUGCAGGUGACGAUGCGCAACGGGUCUCGGUGGAGCUCCAACCGCGCCUACCUGGAGCCUGCGCGGCGGCGGCGCGGCCUGCACGUCAGCAAGUGGAGCCGGGUGACGCGGGUGCUCGUGGACCCGGCCUCCAGGACGGCGUACGGCGUCGAGUUCGUCCGCGACGGCGAGUCCCGGCGGCGGGUGGUGCGCGCGCGGCGAGAGGUGAUCCUGGCCGCGGGCGCCAUCAACUCCCCGCAGCUGCUUAUGCUCUCCGGCAUCGGGCCGCGGCAGCACCUGCAGUCCAUGGGCAUCGCCCCCGCGGUGGACCUCCCCGUGGGCAACAACCUGAUGGACCACGUGGCGGCCGGAGGGCUCAUGUACACGAUAGGGGCCAAGGCGGGCUUCACGGUGAGCGUGGAGCGCCUCCUGGACAACCUGGACCUCCUCAGCGAGUACGCCGUGCACCGCACGGGCCCGAUGACGCUCCCCGGCGGCACGGAGGCCCUGGGCUUCCUGCGCGUCCGGAGGACCGGCGCCAACGCAACCAGCGGCGAGCACGGCGAGUGGCCCGACAUCGAACUUUUGAUGGCAUCGGGGUCACUUAUCGACGAGCCCUUGCUCAAGGACAACUUCGGGAUCGCCGAUGACCUGUACUCUAAGGUCUACAAGCCUUUUGCGAGGACACCGUCCUGCACCGUGUUCCCCAUGCUGCUGAGGCCCAAGAGCCGCGGCACCGUGCGCCUCAGGUCGCGCUCGCCCACCGCCAAGCCGCUCAUCCACGCCAACUACUUCGACGACCCCGAGGACCUGGAGACCUUGGUCGACGGCGUCCUCGCAGUGCAGCGCCUACUCGAGAUGCCCUCCAUGAGGGCCAUCGAUGCUAGGAUCUUUGACGUGCCCUUGCCGGGAUGCGCCAAGUUCAGGUUCGGCACCCGUAAGUACUGGCGGUGCCACAUCCGCCACAUCCCGCUCACCAUCUACCACCAGAGCGGCACCUGCAGGAUGGGCCCCGCGGGUCACAAGGACUCCGUCGUGGACCCUCGGCUCCGGGUCAUCGGCGUCCGAGGCCUGCGUGUGGCGGACGCGUCCAUCAUGCCGGCCGUGCCCGCGGCCCACACCAACACGCCCACGUACAUGAUCGCCGAGAAGGCGGCCGACAUGGUGAAGGAGGACCACGGGCUGAGGGUGCCGCGCGCCGCCUGAGAACAAGACGGGCCUUAUUUGUCCGUUAACGAGUAACUUCUCUUCUGUGAUUUCCUUAAGGUUCACUAACUAAGUCAGCGGUCGCAGGACAGUGUGUGUACUGUGUUGUUGUGGGCGUGAGUAAAAAUGGAAAUGAACCGCAAGUAGCAAAUUAAUUCCUAGUGUAGUGAACCCAGGUGAGCUGCUUCAAUCUGUGUUUAUAGGGAGUAUAGCCGUUAUACUGUGAUUUCCUUUAAAGAGUUACGAUUAACAUGCAGCAGAGGAAGUUGGAAAUAAGGUCCAUUCUCAAUGAAUCUUGAGGUAGAAGAAAAAAGUUAUAGAGUUCCCCAAAAAUUCAUAAGGAUAAAAGAGCCAGCGACAAAUAGUUGACAGAGGGAAAAGGAGAAGGAA